AUGGGGGCCCACGAGCAUCCCAGGGCUGAGUCUGCUGCUGCAGCAGCAGCAGCAGCAGCAGACGGCGCAGGAUGUGCUGCAGCAGCAGCCUCCCCGUCCAGCAGCAGCUCGUCCCGCCCAGCAGCAGCAGCAGCAGCAGCAGCAGCAGCACCCUCCCCGAGCCGCAGCCCCCCCAAAGCUCCCUGUGGGCCCCCCUCCCCCUCCAACGGCCUCAGCAGCCUCAGCAGCAGCCUCAGCAGCAGCCUCCACAGCAGCAGCAGCAGCAGCAGCCUCCGCAGCAGCAGCAGCAGCAGCAGCAGCAGCAGGGUGUGCAGCGGGAGCGUGCUGGUGGUGGGGGCCGGGGGGAUUGGCUGCGAGCUGGUGAAGGCGUUGGUGCUGCGGGGCUUUUAUAGGAUUUUGAUUUUGGAUUUGGACUCAGUCGAUAUUACGAAUUUGAAUCGGCAGUUCUUCUUCAGGCAGCAGCACGUGGGCAGCAGCAAAGCAGCAGUCUUGGCAGCAGCAGCAAGCGGGCUUUUUUCCGCGCAGCAGCUCCUCCGCAUUCGCCAGGGGCGUGCUGCUGCUGCUGCUGCUGCUGCUGCUGCUGCUGCGGGCGCAGACCCCCGCGCUGCUGCUGCAGCAGCAGCAGCAGCCGUCCCCGGCGCCCACCGCCACCCCCUCGACCCCGACGUCCUCGCAGCAGCAGCAGCAGCAGCAGCAGCAGACCCCGCAGCAGCAGCAGCAGCAGCAGCAGCAGCGCCCCAACUAGCACCACCAGCACCACCAGCAGCAGCAGCAGCAGCAGCAGCAGCAGCAGCAGCAGGACUGGUGGACGGGCGGCUGCUGUUCGGAAUAAUGGGAGUCUGCUGCAGCAUCUUGGAAGCAAACUUCUCCGUGUCUUUGGUGAGUUCUUUUUGCUGCUGCUUCGGAGCUUUGGAUAACUUAAAAGCCCGGCAGCAGCUAAACAGAGUUUGUGCUGCAGCAGCAAAGCCUUUGCUGGAGAGCGGCAGCAGCGGCUACAGCGGGCAGGCCGUGCCGAUUGUGGGGCGCAGCACGCUCUGCUUCGACUGCGAGCCGAAGCAGCAGCAGCAGCAGCAGCAGCAGCAGCAGCAGUUCCCCGUCUGCACUCUCAGGCAGCAGCCAGAACGCCCCGAGCAUUGUGCUGCUUGGGCCAAAAUGCUGCACGAGUUGCUCUUUGCUGCUGCGGACUCCGCGAACUUGCUUGCGGACUUGAAGCCAGACUUGGAGGCCCUUUGCUGCUGCUGCAGCAGCAGCAGCAGCAGCAGCAGCAGCAGCAGCAGCAGCAGCAGCAGCGGCGGUUUGGCAGCAGCGGGGGUCCGCGUCAUGGAGGAAGUGUUUAGCAAACAAAUCAAAGAUCUCCUCAAAUUAAAAAAAAACUGGAAAGGCGGAAAAGAGCCGCAGCCCCCAGUCAUUCAGUCCCAGCUGCUGCUGCAGUGGUACCAGCAGCAGCAGCAGCAGCAGCAGCAGCAGCAGCAGCAGCAGCAGCAGCAGCAGCAGCAGCAGCAGCAGAGCCAGAACCGAUGGGAGCUGCAGGCAAUCGUUGGCGCCAUCAUCCCAGCCAUUGCGAGCACAAAUGCAAUUGUUGCUGCAAUGCAGGUCGUAGAGGCAAUGCAUUUGCUGAGCUUCAUGGAGCAGCAGAAGCAGCAGAAGGAGCAGCAGCAGCAGCAGCAGCAGCAGCAGCAGCAGCCAGAGAAGACAGUGCGGGACAGCCUCGCUCGGCAGGUGUGGGUGAAGCCGUUCGUGACGGGGCGGAAAAGCGAAGAGUUUGGUUUGCUGCUGCUGCCCGAGGCUUUGGAGCCGCCCAAAAGCUGCUGCUUCGUUUGCCAGCAAAUCACAGUCACUGUCAAACUCGCCAGCUUCCAGCAGUGGAGCCUGUGGGCCUUUUUGACGAAAGUGCUGCAAGAAGGCCUCGGCUGCAACACGCCUUUUCUCGACAGCAGCAAAAACGUAAUAGACCCCGAGGAAGCAAAAGCAGACGAAGGCAAGCCGAGGUACCGAGAAAUGCUGCAGAAAACGAAACUCACUGACGCAGGCCUUUACAGUGGGGCCCUUCUUACUGUGACCGACUUCUCUCAAGGAAACUUCCAGUGCGAUCUGCUGCUGCUGGAGGAUAAAUCCCUCGCCCAAAAUUCGGAUGAGGGAGAAGACGCUUUUGCAAUAACCAAACCUGACAGCAGCAGCAGCAGCAGCAGCAGCGACAGCAGCAGCAGCAGCAGCAGCAGCAGCAGCAGCGACAGCAGCAGCAGCAGCAGCAGGGGCGAAGGGGAAAAGAGAAAAGCGACGGCGGAGGAGAAAACAGCAAAGCGGCGGAAGCGGGAAGAAGUCGUCAUUGACCUCGAGGAGGAGACCGAACUGCAGCAGCAACCAGGUGCAGCAGCAGCAGCAGCAGCAGCAGCAGCAGCAGCAGCAGCAGCAGCAGCAGCAGCAGGAACAGCGGAAGUGCUGCUGCUGAGCGACAGCGACUGA